AGUAUGUUGUCGUCUGUAUUCCACAAGCCAAGAGCAGGAGACCCUCGACGCAGCUCGGAAGUCGUAUUUUUCUGUGCUGUUAGAACCUGUGGCUUUGUGACGAUACAAGGCGGUUUCAGGUCAACUGGUGAUUUGAAGAACAAGGCCAAUUUUUGCUGGAAUUACUGUAUUGGAUGCAAGGUGGUGAUAUCUGACUCAGUUGAAGCUUAGAUGUACCUUGACGUUAGCUGCAGACGCUCGCGGCCUUCCAUAGCGGUAGUGUAAGGAGAGACAAUAGACGUGGGCUGCAUACUGGCAGUCGCCAGCGCUGAACGACUAGGUGAAUGGGAGGUGAAGGCGAAGGAUAUACAAUGCAACAGUCCACCCAUUUUUGUUGAAAUCGCCGCUUUCAAUAAAUUGGAGUGCAUUCAAAUCGAGUUUGAACCGUUGUCGUCAUCCAGAUUUUCACAAGUUUGCAAGUAUGGAUACUUGUAUCCAUCCCUCCUGAGCUUAGGCACCCCUGCAGCUGUGAAGUACCCAUUGUAGCCUGGAGUUGGCCUACUCUCCAUGGCGAAAGAGAAGUUGGUGCACAGUCACCAAUCCCCCUCGUCCGGUAAGGUGCUCACCGAAUUUCGGUCCGGAACUCUAUCGAAGAAGACGCCAUGGUGUAUUCAUCGCAGCGAAAGCGCUAUGGCGGAACCUGGUGGUGCUGUAUCGCGAUCCUUUGUUUGCCCUUCACCGUGGUGAUCGCCCAGACAGGCAGCGGAAGUGCUUCCAUCGCGAUUGACCCUACUGAUUUACCCAGUACAACAACUCCAGAACCCUUGACGUUAACACCCCAGCCGUUGACACCCGAGACUCCUACACCUCAACCACUGACACCAGAGCCUUCAACUCCAGAAACGACUUCUCCAGCAACAACAUCGCCAGCUACCAGCUCGCCGACGCCAACAUCUCCUACGCCAACAUCUCCGACCCCAACAUCUCCUACUCCAACGACGAAUACGCCAACAAUCACUCCCUCGCCACCCGCUGCAACAACUCGGACACCUGGCAAUAACUCGACGUCGGCUCCGGAUCCUGCAACCAGUUCAUCAACUAGUAGUUCAGGAUCUGAUGCCAACAAUACUUCAAAGUCUUCAAGUUCGUUAGGUCUCGCGGAAAUAAUCGGGAUCGCCGUGGGCUGUGUAGUUUUGAUGGUCUUGCUGAUAGUGUUCUUCAUCGUACAGCGACGACGGCACAAGAACCAGUCUAGUGAGGUGGACGACAUUUUCGAGUUGCCUAUCGCUAGUAAAAACGCACAGUUACUGGACCCAGAUGAUAUGGAAAAUAGGGACACGUCGAGAUCGACAGGGGGUUCCAUGCCUGAAAGGAGCCAAUACCGAGUUACAUUAUCCGAAGACCCAGUGAUUCUAGCGUCACGAAUCUCCACUGACGGCAUCGAGUUGGGGGCCAUAAUCGGUCGUGGUGCCUUUGGUGAAGUGUGCCGUGGACGCUAUCGAGGUCAAGAUGUGGCCAUUAAAGCGCUGGUUCAGGAAAGACGCAAAGACAUGGAGUAUAUUGAAGCCUUUCUUUCUGAAGUGAAGCUUAUGGCCACGAUGGAACAUCCCAACAUCGUACUGUUCAUUGGUGUAGCGUGGGAGUCACUAAGCGACUUGUGCUGCGUGAUUGAGUUUUUGCCUGGUGGUGAUCUGCGUACACUAUUGAAGGAAUAUCACGCCAGUGGUAUGCCACAAGGAAUGGACGCCAGUAAACUGCAAAUUGCGUACGGAGUGGCACAUGCAUUGACAUAUUUGCACUCGUUAGAGCCCGUAGUUUUGCAUCGAGAUCUCAAAUCGCGAAAUAUUCUAUUGACAGAAUCGCUGACUGCUAAGAUCACGGACUUUGGGGCGUCACGAAUUCGAUCGGAUGCUACUAUGACGUCAAAUGUGGGGAGUUCGUUGUGGAUGGCUCCGGAGGUUAUGAUGGGCGAGCGAUACGACGAGAAGGCUGACAUCUUCUCUCUUGGUGUGGUGAUUUCAGAGCUGGAUACACAGGAGCUGCCGUACUCACAUGCCAAGGAAGGUAACAGCAGGACAGGGCACCCUCUUUCGGAUACAGCAGUGCUUCAGAUGGUGUCGAUGGGCAAACUACGCGUUCAUCUUUCCCCGGCAAUGCACCCGGAAAUGGUUCAGUUUGUCCACCGAUGCGUGAGUCUGGAUCCCCAUGAACGUCCAGCUGCUGCGGAAGUGCUGUACUACUUCCAGGUAAUGACUCGAAACAGGCAAUAUUGAGUAUGAUUUACUGAAAAAUAAUAGUUGUUCGGUACUCCAUCCGCUGCUGAUGGCGAAUCCAACUCGAUGAAAGCGUCGACGCCAGCGUUCUCACCUUUAGGCCGACGGAGUGCUCCUGUGUGCCGAGCAUUUGGUCGGUGAGUGGAAGAUCGCCUGCUUGGUACACCCUUUUCAGUGCACCACUCGACUCCACCAUGCUUGUAGCACUUGAUGUUCCGCUUUACGGACCCUUCGUACGAGCAACAUUAUGAGCGAAACAAAGUCCUUAACCUGGACUUGUUCUAACACCCAGGAUGCGAGCAGCGUUUUGCCUCCUCCAUGAACGAAAUACUUGCCUUUCGAACGUGCAUUCUGGUACAUUCAGAGCGGGGGUACACUUGGGAUUGCCAUGCCUAGCGCAUAGGCCUCUUGACUGUGUUCUUUUCGUGCAUCCUGACUGAGCACACUUUUUCCCACCACCAUGUUUCCAGCAUCUGCCCCUUGAUGUUGCCCUCUAUUAAUACUCGCACUCCGGGUACGUGCAAAGCUCAUACUCACCAUGUGCAUUGAUUGCACAAGCCUUUCAAGACAACCCAUUUGUUGUAACCAAGAAAGGGGCAACACUUUCUUCCGCCCUUAGAGACUGCACGAGCAGUUGCUGGAGUUUCCUUUGCCUCCAAGGCACUGGGAAUGGAACCUUCACUUUCAGUUAGCGAUUUCCCCCGUUGCAUUAUCACUCCAUCCGAAGCCAGCGACGCAGCAUCCUUCCUGAACAAGAAAGAAAUGCCAGCCGAAGAGUUCUUUUGAUUUAUCACUGACGAAAACCUUGUCAACUGUAAUAUCCUUGGGAGGUUAACUUGAUUUUUUGGGUCGUGAUCUGGAUUCUAUGCAUUUUGCGAUAAUUCCAGCAUUAUCGAGCAUUCUGUCGGCA